GUGCGGCCCGGCUCCCCUCCCCGGCCCCGCGGCCCCCGGGGCUCGGUGGCCCGCGUCCGGCCGCCCCGGCCUGGAGUCCACCUGCGUCCGGCCGCGGUGCGCCCGAGCGCGCGCGGCGAAGGGACGGGGGCUCCCGGGAGCCCUGGCGCCGGCCCGGCGUGCGGGGAGGGCGUGUGCCUUGGCCGCCCCCGCCCCUGGUCGAGAUUCAGCUUGGAAACGCAAAGAUUUCCACCCCCCCACCCCCCGCCCCAGUUCGUGAUGUGGGCGUAGGGUUACUUUUCGUAUUGACUUAGGAAAGCACGUGCUCUCCAAACUGGCUUUUGCGCUUUCCCUGUCAUCGUAAAUGAUGCGUGGCCGAAGCGACUGAAAUGUUUUAAAAGCCGGAUGCGCCCAGGAUGAUGUAGUCAUGUCAGUUUAAGUGGCUUUGGGGUAUAAUUUUGUGUGUGUGUAAGGACUUGCAAAAAAAAUUCCGGCAAGAAACAUGUAAUGAAUUUAUGUAGGAUUUCAGCGUCAGUAUUGAAGUAAUCAGAUUUCAGUGGUUGGCACAGCCUCUCAAGUAAAUGGCCCCUUAUCCACGAGGUUGAGGUCUUAACUGUUCAUUUUGAGCGAGUUCUCUAGGAUCAGCUGACUGCUGAUUAUAAUUUGCUCUAGACGACGUAGAGGUUGUGUCCUUAGUUGAUAAGCAGAGAUUAGAGCUAACAUUUAACAUUCUACCCCGUAGCAAGUUUUCUCUGCUUCUUUUCGGAUCAUUCUGUUCAAAUUAAACUCACGUCUGUCUAGAUGAAGAGCAUUGCUUGGUGCAUAACAUAAAAGCUUUAUUUCUAGUAGUAACACGUAUUAGCUUAUAUACAUUAUGUAUAUAUAAUCAUGCUCUACAACUGUUUAGUAUGAUUCCAAAGUUGGAAAAUUAGGAACAGUAAUACUGGGCAAUGUUGAGUAGUGAUUGUUUGCCAGACUUGUUUCAAAUCAUCUACACGCUUUAUCUCAUUUAAUCUUUGGGAUAACUUUUUGCAUAAACAUAGGUUACUCUUAAAUACUUGAGUACACGAGUUGGAUUUGAAUGUGUCCAAAUGGUGAAUAUGUACAUUAAUUGUUUCUGUUUCUGUAAAACAAGGGUGUUGGCAAUAUAAAAUGACUGAGUAAAAUGUGUUUUUCAAGUUGGAAGAUGGCUUUUCAAUUCCGUGGAAUUGCAAUUAGUCCCUUUAUUGGAGUAUUCAGUAGUUUCCAAAGCCCUGUGUCUCUUUUUAAUCAAAGUUCCCAUUACAUGUCAUUGUCACUCAAUCAACAGGCUGUGCUUGGACGUUCAGAAAAAGUAAAUGUUGGAAAGCCUUAAUUGCCCCUGGUGAAAGGUCUCCUCUUACCCUGUUUAGUCUCCUAGUGACAUUCCUAAUUAGGGGUUAACAAAUGACAUACAGGAAGGGGGAUUUUCCAGUACCAAACCGAGGGAAUAAAAAACAGUGGGUUGGCUGUUACUUUGUUGAUGAGUCUAACAUUCAUGGGUACAUGAAGGUUAAGAAUGUUCUGUAACCUAUAUUGUAGGGGUUCUAACCUCAUUUUUCAGUUUGCCUUUGAAUGUCUUAAACAUAUUCUAGUCCAGUACUUUGUGCAUGAAGAAAUUUUUGACUGGAUUUAAUUGAGUAGUUUGGACAGCCUUAAUCAAGUUUAUUCUGGGUCUUCCCUGGCAGUCUACUGGUUAAGACUACUUCCAGUGCAGGGGGCGUGGUUUCCAUCGCUGGGCGGGCGAGUUGCGCAGGGCAACCAAAAAAAAAAAAAAAGAUUAUUCUGUUUCCAGGGGCGAUGGUGGGAUCCAGCAGUGUGCAUCCUAUGAGAGCAGAAGCUGUUGAAAGGCCUGCAGAGGAUGAGGGAAGCGCUCAGAAACGUGUCUCAUUUGUGAUGAGAGCGUGUUGGACUUGACCCAUCUUUGUAUAGUGGUCCGCCAUCAGCAAGGGAUUGAGAAUGCUUUUGCCGGUCGAUAUUUAUAAGAGGUUCCUUUACCCGAAGGCAUCCUCUUCCGGGAGGAGAUGAGUGGAGGUUUGUCAUCAAUGGAAGGCUGUAGAAGACAAAGAUGCAAGUGUUAAUCCUUCCGCCCAUCGUGACUAACUGAUUCCUGCCACCACAUGCAUCUCCAGGCCCUUCCCUGGGAGAUAUUUGGUGUCUGUGGGCAGGCCCUAGAAGAAGAGGGAAGGAAGGGAAAGGGUGGGAGGAGCCAGAGCACAGGGCUUUAUGAACGGGCUUUCAUUUGGGCCUCCAUAGCCUCUGAAAACCUUUCCAAUAAUACUGACUGUGUGUGUCUGUAAACCUCUUAUAUGUUAUUUGUGUUCAGAAAUAGUAGAGAAUGUCUCUUUAAUGUGCUUCAUAAACAGUGGAGCAUAUUGAGAGUACAGAACAGGAAGUUGUUCACUUCUGUAUGUUUGCCGUUGUUGGAAGCUGGAGCGACUGUAAUGCCAGCCUUGGCUCCUGUCUGUGAGGCACUGAAGCGGUGUUGUGUUCCAUCUGAGAGGAGAACACCCCUUCCUCCUUCCUUCAGAACUCAGCUGUCACGGGGAGUGAGUGCCCUUUUAGGUCCUGCGGCGCUGGGGCCUUUUCUAGGUCCCGCAUGGCUGUAUCUCGGCCUGCGGAAGGUGUGCAGUGAAUGUUUGUGGGAUGACCAGGUAUGCUGGAAUCCGCUGGAACCUGCUGUCUGUGCCCACCUCUUGUGGAAGUUCCACUCGCCUCCAGGGGCAGGGAGGGCCACUGCAGGCUUGCCCUCUCCAGGGUCCCAGCUCACAAGGAGCCCUUGGCAUUCAAUCUUUUAUGGCUUUAUAUUGUUACAGCAGGAGUGUUUUCCUGUGUUUUGUUUCCCCACCUGAAAUACAGGCUGGUCAAGGGCAGGGAAUACAUGUUUGUACAGGUCUGUGUUUGAGAACUUCCUUGUUCAUCCGGUAUAACAAUCUAUACCAAGUAGGUUCAUUUUUACCUCUUAAGUGACUAGUAGGUGCCAUGGGGAGCAUCAGAAAUACUCAAGAUGCGGUCCAGGCCUCAAUGAAUGUAACUUACCAGGAUGGGCGUGUCACCGAAGGCUUCUGGUGCCCAUCUGUCCAGUUGCCUGGUCCUUACGUGAAAUCUUGACCCACUUCUUCAACUUGUCUUGGACACUCGAGCACACUCUUGGGGCCCGGAGGCCUCUUCCAACCAAGUUGUAUUUCUCUGGUGGAGAAAAAAAGUAAAACAGCACUGUUGCUUUGGUGUGAGACCUGGAGGGAGGUCACUCGAAAGCCACGUGGACUCGGAUGAGGGCCCGCAAACAGAACCCAGCAAGAUGAAGGAAAACGGUAUUCUUCGAAAGCCCAGUUUUGUGUCCCUUUAGUUGGGAGACAACAGUGUUAUCUUGUGGGUGUUGGGCGCCGACAGAGUCCACUGAACCCACAUGACCCCGCCGAUAGGGAGCACCGCCAUUGGCCCUGGAAUCUGAGGAGGAGGUGCCCUGGAGCAGGCCUGGGCCUGGUUAGCAGCUCUGCAGGGCAUCCUACCUUGGAAACAGCACAGUUUGGCUUCCAUGUCUUCUGUGGGCUUAGAGAAUCCUUUUUUCACCGUGUCGUCAGUAGGGACAGAGAACCAGGAGGAGCCCUCACAGCUUCCCCAGGUCAGGAGGGAAAAUAUGGAAUGUGUUUUACCGCUGACUGAACACAACCCAAUGAACUGUCCUGACAGUAGUUUGAAAACCAGCAGUUAGCAGUUUGUCCAGCCGCAACAUCAUCCGGCACUUUCCAGAGCAGACUCACUGUUGACAGGAACUCUCAGCCUCACGCCCCAUAGAACCUCACGCUCGGCCGAUUUCAGAGAUUUUCGCACAAGAAAAGCACCCAGCGCCCUGCGUCCACAAUGGCGAUGGAUGAGUACCUGUGGAUGGUCAUCUUGGGUUUUAUCAUAGCUUUUAUCUUGGCGUUUUCUGUGGGUGCCAAUGACGUUGCCAAUUCGUUUGGCACCGCCGUGGGCUCGGGCGUGGUGACCUUGAAGCAGGCCUGUAUCCUGGCUUCCAUCUUCGAAACCACCGGCUCGGUGCUGCUGGGGGCCAAAGUCGGAGAGACCAUCCGGAAGGGCAUCAUCGACGUGAACCUAUACAACAACACCGUGGAGACGCUCAUGGCCGGGGAGGUCAGUGCCAUGGUCGGCUCAGCUGUCUGGCAGCUCAUUGCGUCCUUCCUGAGGCUCCCAAUCUCGGGGACUCACUGUAUCGUCGGGGCCACCAUAGGGUUCUCCCUCGUCGCAAUUGGUACCCAAGGUGUGCAGUGGAUGGAGCUGGUCAAGAUUGUUGCUUCUUGGUUUAUAUCUCCACUGUUGUCUGGUUUCAUGUCUGGCGUGCUGUUUGUACUGAUCAGAAUGUUCAUCUUAAAAAAGGAGGACCCUGUUCCCAACGGCCUCCGGGCGCUUCCCGUGUUCUACGCCGCCACCAUCGCCAUCAAUGUCUUCUCCAUCAUGUACACCGGAGCCCCAGUGAUGGGCCUGGUCCUCCCCAUGUGGGCGAUCGCCUUCAUCUCCUUCGGGGUCGCGCUGCUGUUCGCCCUCUUCGUGUGGCUCUUUGUGUGUCCGUGGAUGCGGAGGAAAAUAACAGGCAAAUUACAAAAAGAAGGUGCGUUAUCGAGAGCCUCUGAUGAAAGUCUCAAUAAAAUUCAGGAAGUGGAGUCCCCAGUAUUUAAAGAGCUGCCAGGUGCCAAGGCCCAAGACGACAGCACCGUCCCCCUCACAGGCUCGGCUGCAGAGCCCUCGGGGACCUCAGAGAGCAUGUCGGGGGGUCACCACCCCCGGGCCCCAUAUGGCCGGGCGCUGUCCAUGACGCACGGCACCACCAAGUCACCCGUGUCCAAUGGGACCUUUGGCUUCGACGGCACGGCGCGGGCCGACGGCCACGUGUACCACACGGUGCACAAGGACUCGGGGCUCUACAAGGACCUGCUGCACCGCAUCCGCGACGAGCGGCCGGCCGACGGGGCCCCGCGGCAGCUGCGGCGCAACAACAGCUACACGUGCUACACGGCGGCCAUCUGCGGGCUGCCCGGCCUGGCCACACGCCGCAGCGACACGCCCGCGCCCGAGGACAGCGAGAAGCUGGUGGCCGAUGCCGUGGCCUACUCGCGCCGCCGGCUGCGCUACGACAGCUACUCCAGCUACUGCAACGCCGUGGCCGAGGCGGAGAUCGAGGCCGAGGAGGGCGGCGUGGAGGUCCGGUUGGCGCCCCCGCUGGCCGAGCCCGAGCCGCCGCGCGACGACCCGGCGGAUGAGGAAAAGGAGGAGAAGGACUCACCCGAGGUGCACCUGCUCUUCCACUUCCUGCAGGUCCUCACCGCCUGCUUUGGCUCCUUCGCGCAUGGCGGAAAUGAUGUGAGUAAUGCCAUCGGCCCCCUGGUGGCUCUGUGGCUGAUUUAUGAACAAGGUGCGGUCCUGCAAGAAGCCGCCACUCCCGUCUGGCUGCUGUUUUAUGGAGGGGUUGGAAUUUGUACGGGCCUCUGGGUGUGGGGGAGACGAGUGAUCCAGACCAUGGGGAAGGACCUCACCCCCAUCACGCCGUCCAGUGGCUUCACCAUCGAACUGGCCUCGGCCUUCACCGUGGUCAUCGCCUCCAACAUCGGGCUGCCAGUCAGCACCACACACUGCAAGGUGGGCUCGGUGGUGGCGGUGGGCUGGAUCCGCUCACGGAAGGCUGUGGACUGGCGCCUCUUCCGCAACAUCUUCGUGGCCUGGUUCGUGACGGUGCCCGUGGCCGGGCUGUUCAGCGCUGCUAUCAUGGCUCUCCUCAUCCACGGGAUCCUUCCGUUCGUGUGAUCGCUCCUUGGCGGCCAGCAAACGGGGGAUGGUCCGCGGCGUGUGCGUGGGUGGUGUGGGCUCACACGCACACGCUGUGCCCACCACGGGCUGUCCCCCGGCCAGUGCCUCCACGCCCCUCUCAGAUGUUCCAGACCACUGUCCACCCAGGUGUAGAGUCAUCGUCCAGAGCUAACUUAACUACUGUACAUAAUACUGUGCGUUCAACUGGUAUCGUGGCAACAUAACAUGGUGCGGUUACUUAUAUAUUAAAUAUAUAUUGUAUACAUAGAAUAAUAGCUAGUAUUAUUUCAGACAUCCUCGAGAUGGGAGUGGAGCUUCCUGCCUAGAUUUCAAUAUUCAACAAAUCUUUGUACAUACCGAUUUCAGCAGCAGAUUUUAAGAGCCUUUUAAAAGGAAAGUGUAGACUGGAAGACGGUGUUUCCCAUCUAACACACUGUAUCGUGAGUGAGACACAGGCAGCGGCGUUGGGAGGCAUCCGCGUGCUGCUGAUACACUGGAACAGGAGCUCACCAGUGCUCUCACUGAAGCCCUGUUCAGAUACUGUGUGCUGAUUAUGUAAUAUAUCAUGGAUUGCUUCUGUAAAUACUUAAAACUGUAAUUUUUUAAUGGUGUGCUUCCCUUAUACUUUUUUGAUCAGAGAAUUUUGGAAAGUACCAAAGAAGCAGCGGAAUAGUUUGCCAGUAUUAUAUUUUCAUACUGUUUGUGUCCCCACCCCACCCCCACUUUCUCACUAAUCCCAGGAUUAAUCCUGGGUGUGGCGAGACCACCUGGAGCAGGGUGUAUGGUGUGAUGCCAGCCCCCACCACGGGCACGUCCCACUUCCGGCCCCCACCAUACCCCGCCCCGCGGCCCGCGCCAGAUCCUGGCCCCUCGAUGGUGUCAGCGUAGAGGAGGUACCGACACGAGGACGGGUGACCGAGCACUACAUGUCAAGUCCAGUUUAAACUCCCGCCCCCUCCUCCCCUGCAGCCUGAAGAAUGGGACUCUGACCUCGGUCAUGAGGCAAGUGCUUUGGCCUUUUAGAAAUCUGGGAGUGGGGAGGGUUGACCUGUUAAGACAAUACACUGGACUUGAGGACUUCCAUGAGGCCUUCACGGAGCGGAGCAUCCCUGGUUGCUCUGCUGUGGUCCCCACUGGAGUCUUCUCUUUUUUUGAUAGCGGGAGGAAGUACGACUAAUGCAAGAGCCUGAAACUGUGGAAAUGCUGCUAAAACUUUUAUAUUGACAAACACUUUCUCGGUACUUCAUUGUGAUUUUUCAUUAAUCAACCAUAUUAAAUUUAUAAUAAAAAAUGCCCCUCAAAA